AUGCUGCUGAUGAAGAGGAGGAGAAACAUGAUGCGGACCACGCCCUUCCCCGUCCGCCAACAGAGGGCGCAGCAGCGGGCCUGGAGCUGCGGUCUCAGGACCGCGCUCACACGGCCCUAUAGCACCCGGCGGCCCUCAGAGCGCAGCUCCACCUCAGCAGCAGCAGCAUCAUCAGCAUCAGCAGCAUCAGCAUCAGAGCCUCCGGAGCACCGCGUCCUUCAGACACAGAAUCUCCUCCGAACCGAACCGACCCACGGCUCCAGCCCGAACCCGCCUCCUCCGGAUCUAAACCAUUAUGUAGAUUCUGCGCCUGCAACGUCACGACAAAACCGCCGCGACUCCAUCCUCUGCGACAACUGCGCAUCCACCCAGACGCACCCGACCCCGCAGGACACGCCACCCCCCGCAGGACACGCCACCCUCCGCAGGACACGCCACCCUCCGCAGCCCAUCCGAGCAACCACCGAGUGCAACAUCAAAGUGCUGUGCCGCUUCCGGCCUUUGAACCAGUCCGAGAUCCUGCGGGGAGACCAGUUCAUCGCCAAGUUCCAGGGAGACGACACAGUGCAGAUAGCGGGAAAGUCGUACGUCUUCGACCGAGUGUUUCCCACAAACACAACUCAGGAACAGGUUUACAACACCUGCGCCAAGCAGAUCGUCAAGGAUGUUCUGGGUGGAUACAAUGGCACCAUCUUUGCGUACGGACAAACCGCCUCUGGAAAGACCCACACCAUGGAGGGGAAGCUCCAUGACCCUCACCAGAUGGGCAUCAUCCCUCGCAUCGCAGAGGACAUCUUCAACCACAUCUUUGCCAUGGACGAGAACCUGGAGUUCCACAUCAAGUUCGGGACCCCAGACAGGGGGUCGGGACCUCAGACAGGGGGUCGGGACCUCGGACAGGGGGUCGUGACCUCGGACAGGGGUCGGGACCUCGGACAGGGGGUCGUGACCUCGGACAGGGGUCGGGACCUCGGACAGGGGGUCGGGACCUCGGACAGGGGUCGGGACCUCGGACAGGGGGUCGUGACCUCGGACAGGGGUCGGGACCUCGGACAGGGGGUCGGGACCUCGGACAGGGGGUCGGGGACCUCGGACAGGGGGUCGGGUCGGGACCUCGGACAGGGGGUCGUGACCUCGGACAGGGGUCGGGACCUCGGACAGGGGGUCGUGACCUCGGACAGGGGUCGGGACCUCGGACAGGGGGUCGGGACCUCGGACAGGGGGUUGGGACCUCGGACAGGGGUCGGGACCUCGGACAGGGGUCGGGACCUCGGACAGGGGUCGGGACCUCGGACAGGGGGUCGUGACCUCGGACAGGGGUCGGGACCUCGGACAGGGGGUCGUGACCUCGGACAGGGGUCGGGACCUCGGACAGGGGUCGGGACCUCGGACAGGGGGUCGGGACCUUGGACAGGGGGUCGUGACCUCGGACAAGGGUCGGGACCUCGGACAGGGGGUCGGGACCUCGGACAGGGGGUCGGGACCUCGGACAGGGGGUCGGGUCGGGACCUCGGACAGGGGGUCGUGACCUCGGACAGGGGUCGGGACCUCGGACAGGGGGUCGGGACCUCGGACAGGGGGUUGGGACCUCGGACAGGGGGUCGUGACCUCGGACAGGGGGGGGUCGUGACCUCGGACAGGGGGUUGGGACCUCGGACAGGGGGUCGUGACCUCGGACAGGGGGUCGUGACCUCGGACAGGGGGUCGGGACCUCGGACAGGGGGUCGUGACCUCGGACAGGGGGUCGGGACCUCGGACAGGGGGUCGGGACCUCGGACAGGGGGUCGGGACCUCGGACAGGGGGUCGUGACCUCGGACAGGGGGUUGGGACCUCGGACAGGGGGUCGUGACCUCGGACAGGGGGUUGGGACCUCGGACAGGGGGUCGGGACCUCGGACAGGGGGUUGGGACCUCGGACAGGGGGUCGUGACCUCGGACAGGGGUCGGGACCUCGGACAGGGGUCGGGUCGGGACCUCGGACAGGGGGUUGGGACCUCGGACAGGGGGUCGGGACCUCGGACAGGGGUCGGGACCUCGGACAGGGGUCGGGACCUCGGACAGGGGGUCGUGACCUCGGACAGGGGUCGGGACCUCGGACAGGGGGUCGGGGUUGUGACCUCGGACAAGGGUCGGGACCUCGGACAGGGGGUCGUGACCUCGGACAGGGGGUCGGGACCUCGGACAGGGGGUCGUGACCUCGGACAGGGGUCGGGACCUCGGACAGGGGGUCGUGACCUCGGACAGGGGGUCGGGACCUCGGACAGGGGGUUGGGACCUCGGACAGGGGGUCGUGACCUCGGACAGGGGGUCGUGACCUCGGACAGGGGUCGGGACCUCGGACAGGGGGUCGUGACCUCGGACAGGGGUCGGGACCUCGGACAGGGGGUCGGGUCGGGACCUCGGACAGGGGGUCGUGACCUCGGACAGGGGGUCGUGACCUCGGACAGGGGGUUGGGACCUCGGACAGGGGGUCGUGACCUCGGACAGGGGGUCGUGACCUCGGACAGGGGUUGGGACCUCGGACAGGGGGUUGGGACCUCGGACAGGGGGUCGGGACCUCGGACAGGGGGUCGUGACCUCGGACAGGGGGUUGGGACCUCGGACAGGGGGUCGGGACCUCGGACAGGGGGUUGUGACCUCGGACAGGGGUUGGGACCUCGGACAGGGGGUCGUGACCUCGGACAGGGGGUCGUGACCUCGGACAGGGGGUUGGGACCUCGGACAGGGGGUCGUGACCUCGGACAGGGGGUCGUGACCUCGGACAGGGGUUGGGACCUCGGACAGGGGGUCGUGACCUCGGACAGGGGGUCGACAAACAGAAUAAAUCUGAUGUUUGUGUCGUUCUUUCCACAGGUGUCGUACUUCGAGAUCUACAUGGACAAGAUCCGUGACCUCCUGGACGUGACUAAGACCAACCUGUCCGUGCACGAGGACAAGAACCGUGUUCCUUACGUCAAGGGCUGCACCGAGCGCUUCGUGUCAAGUCCAGAUGAAGUCAUGGACGUGAUCGACGAAGGGAAAGCCAACCGCCACGUGGCAGUGACCAACAUGAAUGAGCACAGUUCCAGGAGCCACAGCAUCUUCCUCAUCAACAUCAAACAGGAGCACGUGGAGACGGAGCAGAAGCUCUGCGGAAAGCUCUACCUGGUGGAUCUGGCCGGCAGCGAGAAGGUCAGUAAAACUGGAGCAGCUGGGUCGGUCCUGGACGAAGCUAAAAACAUCAACAAGUCUCUGUCUGCGCUCGGGAACGUCAUCUCUGCUCUGGCCGAAGGAACCAAGAGCCAUGUCCCGUACAGAGACAGUAAAAUGACCAGGAUCCUUCAGGAUUCUCUUGGAGGAAACUGUCGAACCACGAUGUUCAUCUGCUGCUCCCCGUCCAGCUACAACGACACCGAGACCAAGUCCACGCUCAUGUUUGGACAGAGGGCGAAGACUAUCAGGAACACGGCCUCCAUCAACCUGGAGCUGACGGCAGAACAGUGGAAGAGGAAGUACGAGAAGGAGAAGGAGAAGAACAAGGGGCUCAAGGACACCAUCCAGAGGCUGGAGGGGGAACUGAACCGCUGGAGGAACGGAGAGGAGGUGCCUGAGACCGAGCGCACCUCCUCAGAUGCAGUGAUCCGCACUGAGACCCCAGAGGAGCGCCCUCUGCUGGACAACCACAGCUCCUCCAUCGUGGUUCGUAUUUCUGAGGAGGAAAGGCUCAAGUACGAAGAUCAGAUCCGCAAGUUAUACAAGCAGCUGGACGACAAGGACGAUGAGAUAAACCUGCAGUGCCAACUGGCGGAGAAACUCAAGCAGCAGAUGAUGGACCAGGACCAGCUGCUGGCCUCCUCCCGCGGUGACGGGGAUAAGGUGCAGGUGGAGCUGGGGCGGCUGCAGGUGGAGAGCGACUGUGCGAAGGCGGAGGUGAAGGAGGUGCUGCAGGCGCUGGAGGAGCUCGCCAUCAACUACGACCAGAAGAGUCUGGAGGUGGAGGAGAAGGGCCUCCAGAACCAAUUGCUGGCUGACCAGCUAGCACAGAAGAUGGAGGUGAAGGAGGAGGUGAUGGAGGAGGUGCUGGAGGAGGUGAUGGAGGAGGUGAUGGAGGAGGUGAUGGAGGAGGUGAUGGAGGAGGUGAUGGAGGAGGUGAUGGAGGAGGUGAUGAGGAGGUGA